AUGGCGGGCGCUGGCUGCCACUCGCUCCUCUCGCCGGCCUCAGCAAUCUCGCCUGCGCUCUUCUCGCGACACCGAGCGGCCGCCGUAGGUGGAGGAGCCUGCCGGGCGAUGCAAUCGCAGAUCAGGUGUCUUGCCAAAGAUGAGGAUUCAAAAGGAUGCACGGAAACUUCCAAGGGCAAGAUGGAUGAAGAAGCUACACCUUCAUCAAGACGAAAAUGUCUAGUCUGUCUCAGUGCUGUUACCUUAAUCAGCACAACAGGACCAACAAUGUUUACACCAAACGGACUUGCUGCAGAUAUGGUGAACAAGCCCGGGAUACAGAAAGCUGUUUGCAGAAACUGUAAUGGUAGUGGUGCUGUGAUAUGUGACAUGUGUGGUGGUACAGGGAAAUGGAAAGCCCUCAAUCGAAAGAGGGCAAAAGAUGUUUAUGAAUUCACAGAAUGCCCAAAUUGCUACGGCCGUGGGAAGUUGGUAUGCCCUGUCUGUCUUGGAACUGGCCUGCCAAACAACAAGGGACUCCUCCGACGCCCAGAAGCCAAGCAGCUGCUUGACAAGAUGUACAACGGCAAGAUACUGCCAAGGUCGUAG